AUGUUAGAAGAUGAUGAUGUUGAAAUUAUACAUUCCACCAAUACCAUAGAUAAUAAAAAUGAACAUUAAUAGAACCUUGAAUUCAUUCAAAACUUAAAUAUACAACAUCAAGUAUCAUCGUUUCUAAUUCUAGAAACUCUUAUCAAGUAAUAAGUCAUUAGAAAAUGAAGUAUAAUAAUAUAAAGGUUUAUUGGAUUAAACUAUUGAAACUCUUAGACAAUCUUAAAAAGAUGAAAACAUUCUAAGUAUCUACAUCUAAUUCUCAUAUAGAGCAUUAAUUAUCUUAAAAACAAACCUUUAUACAAUACCAUUAAAUGAAUUCCAAUUAACCACAAAAUAUUACUAAUAUAGCCACAUUAAUAAAAUUAAAAGAUAGCAAUUCCAGUAUUUUAAAUUUAUUAUUAAUAGAUAAAGACUCUUUGGAUAACAAAUAAACUAAUGUAUCCUCUAAUUAUGGCUAUAUAAAUUCAUCUUUAAGUUCUCAUCACACAGAUCCAUAUGAAAUGGUAUUAUUAUAUUCUGCAUUAUUAUUAUCAGUUUAUAUCCCAAGCCUAAAUUCUUAAACAAAGUAUUAAAAAAGUCUAGUCACUUUUUAAAUAAAGUGAAUGUACAUCAUUUGAAUUAUAGAAACUCAUAUAAGAAUUUGAAGAGAAUAUUAAUGUGUUUUCAGCAAUAAAUGAUCAAUUUAUUUUUGAGGUAAAAAUUUUUAUUGUUUAUCGAUUCAGAUCCAUAGAACAAUUGUGGAUUAAAAUGAAUAAAAGAAGGAAUUAUAAAAAUAAUCCAUAUCUUCUGAUAAUUAAAUUUCAUAAUAAGGAUAAUAGACUGAAAUUUUUAAGGAAGAUUUGGAAACUAGUCAAUUUGAGAAUGAAGUACAAAUUAAAUAGUAAUUUGAAUAAUUUGAACUCUCUUUGAUUAAAGUUUCAGAAGAUGAGAAGAAAUAAUGGAAAGAAUAAUUACUAUAAUUAAUUAAUACACUUUGA